CGGAAGCGCAGCGCCUCCCCCCCGGCUGCCCCCGGCCAUGGAGAGCCAGCUGCCAAAAAGCAGGCCCUGCAACACAGUGAUGUGCCCCUCUCCCUUGUGGUAGCCAAGAAGCCUUUUGAGUCGCCCAAAGCGGAGUCUACCCCAGGAAGUGGCUGUACAUCUGCUGUGCAUCUAAAAGACUUUCAUCUUGACCUCGCAAGUCCUGUUGCUCCAGAGGCUGCAGACGAGGAGUCUACUAAGCCUUUAGAUUCUCAGGAGCAAGAAAAACCAUCUCAGAACAAAGACCCUGAUGAACCCUCUCCAGGAAAAGAGCACAUCUCUAAAGAAAAAGCUAAUCAACCUUUCCUACCACAGUAUCUUUAUGUUCAGCCUACUGCUGGAUUAAGCAGUUUUAAUUUCCUGUUCUCUGCAAACCAAGCCCCUGGUGCUAUCAACCUGGCUGCGAGCCCGUUACCUUCUCUGAGCGUCCCCUGUGUCAUGGUGCCGUCAGCAGCCCUGGCUUCCUUCCCUCUCAUCUGUUCUCCUGCCAUCAGCACUCCUCUGCCCUCCGGUCCUGAUGGCUCCUUCUCAGCUGCCACUUCCAUGAAUUUCAGCAUGCCUGGCCUGGCAUCGACAACGCCUGUUUUCAUAGGCACCACGGCAGUGGUCCCCCCCAAGUUCUCACCUGCGCCUCCAGUGGAUCCCCAGCAGCCAGCCCACCCCGCUCGGCACCCGAGUCCUGUGCUUGCAAGGUCUUGUGGUGCUGUUAAACUGGACGCCCCCGUGUGUCUGGGGCAGCCGGUGACCCUUCUGAAGCUGCAGCAGCCUUCGUCAGCUCCUCUCACUCCCAAGAGCAUUCGUCCUGCACGUCAUGAGGCAUUUUUCAAGACUCCUGGAAGUCUUGGAGACCCUGUUGCAUGGAAGAAGAAUGAAGGCAACCAGACCAGAAACGCCAGCUCUGUGCAGAGGAGACUGGAAAUCUCUGGUACCAGCCCUGACUAA